AUGUCUUCCCUCGCAACCCUUGACGCGACCCAACACCCAUACCUUCCAGCAGCCUCGCAGACGCUGUUCAACGCCAAAGCGAAAAAGAAGCUCAGCUUCGAGGACAUCUCCAAGCACAUCGGCCGCAAUGAGGUUGCCACGGCGGCCAUCUUCUACGGCCAGGCAAAGGCUUCCCCGGAGGACAUCCAGAAACUGGCCAGCCUCCUUGACAUCCCCGUUGAGCAGUUGGAGCAGCAGCUCAGCGGGUUUCCCGAUCGGGGCCGCUCGGUGGAGAUGCCUCCCAAGGAGCCGCUGAUCUACCGGCUGUAUGAGAUUGUGCAGAACUACGGGUACGCGUACAAGGCUGUUCUCAACGAGAAGUUUGGGGACGGGAUUAUGAGCGCCAUUUCGUUCUCGACUAAGGUUGAGAAGGAGACCGACAAGGACGGGAAUGACUGGGCGGUUAUCACCCUGCGGGGGAAAUGGCUGCCCUACUCCAGGUUCUAG